AUGUUCCACCGUAAUUUCUUUUCCACAAGCAGCGGAGGAUCCUCCACUGCAGCUACUAGUGGAUCCAACGGAUCCACUAGUAAUCAGAGCACCAGAAAGGUGAGAAAAACGAGGAUUGCAAAGAUGGUGGCGGAUAAUGCUGUAGUAAUUGUGGCUGUACACGGAUGCUUCAUGUGCGUUACUGUGAAUAGUUUGGUGCAAAGACUAGGUGUUAACCCUAAGAUGAUAGAGGUAGAGGAGGAGGAGAAAACCGCGACAUUGGUGAAGCUAUCGAAGAUCGAGGACGGGAUCGGAGGACCGUGGGAGUUGCCGGCGGUAUAUGUUGGUGGGAAGCUAUUGGGUGGAGUUGAUAAAGUUAUAGAGACUCAUCUCAAGGGAGAACUUGUUCCCAUGCUUAGGGCUGCUGGAGUCUAA